AUGACAGGUGCCAUUCUCUUUUAUGGUGUGUGUAGCACCGUGAGAUCAUCCAGUAAUAAUGCAUGGUUAUCUCCAGAGUUUCCAUGGCAAUUUCAAGGAGUUUUCCCGAAAAUUCCUAAACAAGUUCCUCGGAUUUAUUUUCACGAGUUCUCAAAAAAUCCUGGAAUUUCUCUAGGAAUUCCUUCGCGAAUUCCUCGGAAAUUCUCCCAGGAAGUCCUCGCGAUUAUCUUCAGAAGAUCCUUGGGAAUUCAUCGUGGAAUUUCCCCCAAGUGGUCCUCGAGAAUUCCCCCAGAAGUCCAUCGCGAACUCCUGCAGAAGAUCCUCAGCAAAUCCUUCUGCAGAUCCUCGGCAGUUCCACGGAGUUCUUCGGGAAUUACUCAAGGAGCUCUUAGGAAAUUCCUCCACACGAUCUUCGGGAACUUCUCUAGGAGUUCAUCGGGGAUUCCUCUAGAAGCUCUUUGGGGACUUCACCAGGAGAUCUUCGGGAACUCCUCCAGAACAUACUCGAAAAACUCUUCAGGAGUUUCUCGAGAAUUCAUACAGGAGAUCCUCCAAGAAGUCCUCGGCAAUUCUUACAGAAGUUCCUUGGAAAUUUCUGUCGGAGUUCCUCGAGAUUUUUUCAGAAGUUUAUCGGGAAUUCCUCUAGAAUCUCAUCGGGAAUCCCUUCAUGAAUUCCUUGAAAAGUUUGUCGGGAAAUCCUCCUGUAGAUCCUCGGGAAUUCCUCCAGGAAUUCAUCAGAAACUUCUCCAGGUAAUCUUCGGGAAUUCUUACAGAAUUCCUUCUGAAGAUCCUUGGGUAUUCUUCCAAAAGUUCCUCGGGAUUUCCUCUAUUCAAGAAUUCCAAGAAUUUCUUCAGAAGUUUCCCGAGAGUUCUCUAAGAGCUCCUCGGCAUUUUUUCGAGAAGUUCCCCGGAAAUUCCUCGAGAAUUCCUCGGCAAUUCUUCCAGGAGUUCCUCCGAAAUUCCUACAGGAGUUCCUCGGGAAUUCCUCUUGGACUUCAUCGGGAAUUCCUCUAAGAGGUCGAAUCGAAUCGAAAAUACUUACAGGAGUUUUGGGAAUUCCUGUCGGAAAACCUCUUAAAUUCCUCCAGGAGUUCCUCGGAAAUUCCUCCCGGAGCUCCUCAGGAAUUCUUCCAGGAGUUCCACGAGAAUUCCUCCGGAGAUCCUCGAAAACUCCUUCAGAUGAAAAAUCCUCCAGCAGUGUCGGAAAUUCCCUCAGGAGAUCCAUGGAGGAAAUUGACGAGAAUCCUCAACAAUUCCUUCACGAGUUCCUUUAGAGUUUAUCCAUGGUUCCUCAGGAAUUCCUUGCAGAGAUCCUCCGGAAUUUCUACAGGAGAUCCUCGGUAAAUUCCUUCCAGGAGUUUUUUGGGAAUUCUUGCAAGAGUUCCUCGGAAAUUUCUCCAGAAGUUCAUCGAGAAUUCCUUCGGGAAUUUCUUAAAAAGUUUCUCGGAAAACCUGCAGGAGUUCCUUGGGAAUUCCUCGGGAAUAUUCUGAGAAGUUGCAUACUUCUCGUGAAUCCCUCCAAGAAUUGCACGUGCGGUUCUUCAUAGUUUCUCGAUGUUCUUUUCCGACAGUUCAUCGGGAAUUCCUCUUGGUCCCCAGAAAAUCUACUCCACGAGUUUUCUGGGAAUUCCCGACGAUUUCCUGUAUUCAUAGGUGAAUUUCUGAUAAACUUCUGAAACAUUUUCCGAGAAUCUUCUGGAAGAAUUCCCGAGAGAGGGAUUCUCGAUGAACUUGUGGAGGAAUCUUCAAGGAGUUCCUAAUGAAAUUUCAAAAAAAAAACUCCUUUGGGAACCAUCACGAAGUUCCUGGAGGAAUUUCCGAAACUCCUAGAGGUAUUCUCCUAGAGGCAUACCCGAGAAUCUCUUGAAAAUUUUCCGAGCAACUGGAGGAGAAAUUUCCGAGGAACUCUGGAAGAAACUCCUGGAAAAAAUCCAAUGAACUCCAGAAUGGCCGAGGAACUCCUAGAAGAACUCCGAGGAAUACAUGGAGCAAUUUUCCAAUGAAUUUUCUAGUAAGUCCUAUGGGAUUCUAGAGAAUCUCAUAGGGGAAUUCUAAGGAAUUCCUGGGGAGCUCCUGAAAAAGUUGAUGGCUGGAAAAAUUCUCGAGAAACAUCUGGAGAAAAUUUCGAGGAAUUCAUAUAGAACUUCCCGAUGAACUCCUGGAAGAAUUUUCGAGGAACUCCUGUAGGUAUCCCCGAGAAACUCUUAAAAAAAUCUCAAGGAACACUUAAAGGAAUUCUCGAAGAACUUCUGAAGUAUUUUUCGAGGAACUCCUGGAAAAAUUCCCUUGGAACUGCAGAAUAAAUUCCUGAGAAACUCCUAGUGGAAUUCCUGAGGCAAUUCUGGUGGAAUUCUUGAGGAACUUCCCUAGGCUAGUUCAUCUCGGGACCCACGUUUUACUUCCCUUCCGAAGGAAGAACCCACAUUUUGUGAGUAUGUCGGGAGUGGGAUUCGAUCCCAGGUCCUCGGCGUGAUAGUCAAGUGUUCUAACCACCACACCAGGUCCGCUCUUGAGGAACUUCUGGGAGAAUUUCCGAGGAGCUCUUGGAGGAAAAGAAUUCCCGAGGAACUUCUUGAGGAGUUCCCAAGGAGCUCCAGAAGAAUUCCCGAGGUGCUCCUUGAAGGAAUUCCCGAAGAACUCGUGGUGAAAUUUCCGAUGAACUCUGGAAGAAUUCCCGAGUAACUCCUGGAGGAAUCUCAAAAAACUCUAGGAAAAAUUCCCGAGAAAUACAUCAAGGAAUUUUCUGGGAACUCCAGGAAGGAUACCCGAGGAACUUCUGGAGAAAUUUUUGAGGAAUUUAUGUAGGAUUUCUUGAGGAACUCCUGGAAGAGUUUUUGAGGAACUCCUGGAGGAAUUACCGAGGAACUCUUAAAAAAAUCUCAAGGAACACCUAAAGGAAUUCUCGAAGAACUUCUGAAGUAAUUUUCGAGGAACUCCUGGAGAAAUUCCUUUGGAACUGCAGAAUAAAUUCCUGAGAAACUCCUAGUGGAAUUCCUGAGGCAAUCCUGGUGGAAUUCCUGAGGAACUUCUGGGAGAAUUUCCGAGGAACUCUUGGAGGAAAAGAAUUCCCGAUGAACUUCUAGAAGAGUUCCCAAGGAGCUCCAGAAGGAUUCCCGAGGUACUCCUAGAAGGAAUUCCCGAAGAACUCGUGGUGAAAUUUCCGAUGAACUCUGGAAGAAUUCUCGAAUAACUCCUGGAGGAAUCUAAAAAAACUCUACGAGAAAUUCCCGAGAAAUACAUCAAGGAAUUUUCUGGGAACUCCUGGAAGAAUACCCGAAGAACUGCUGGAGAACUUUCUGAGGAAUUUAUCGAGGAACGCCUGGAAGAAUUUUUGAGGAACUCCUGGAAGAAUUACCGAGGAACUCCCGGAGAAAUUCCCGAGGAACUCCUAAAAUAUUUCUCGAGGAACUUCUGAAAAAAAAAUCCUGAGGAACUCCUGGAGAAGUUCCCUUGGAACUCCAGAAUAAAUUCCCGAGGAACUCCUGGACGAAUUCCCGAGCAAUUCCUAGAUGAAUUCCCGAGAAACUCCUGGAAAAAUUCCUAAGAAAUUUCUGGGAGAAUUUCCGAGGAACUCUUGAAUAAUUAACUGAGGAACCCUAGGAAGGAACUUGUAGGCGAAUUCCCAAGGGGCUCCAGAGGAAUUCCCAAGGAACUCCUUGAAGAAAUUCUCGAGAAAUUUUUAAAGGUAUUCUCUAUGAACUUCUGGAGAAAUUUCCGAGGAACUCCUGGAAGAAUCACCGAGAAACUCCUAAAAUAAUUCUCGAGGAACAUCUAAAGGAAUUCUCGAGGUACUUAUGAAGGAAUUUCCGAGCAACUCCCGGAGAAAUUCCUUUGGAACUCCAAGAUGAAUUCCCGAGGAAGACCUGGAGGAAUUUUCGAGAAAGGAUUUCUCGUGGAACUCAUGGAAGAAUUCCCGAGCAACUCCUGGAGGAAUUCUCGAGGAACACUAUAUUCCCGAAGAACUCCAGCAUAAAUUCCCGAGGAACUCCUGUAGGAAUUUCCGAGGCUCUCAUGGAUAAAAAAAAUGGCAAACUCCUGGAAGAUUUCCCAACAAACUGAAAGAAUUCCUGAGGUAUUCCAGGUGAAAUAUUCGAGGAGCACCUGGAAGAAUUCCUGAGAAACUUCUGAAGAUAUUCCGGAUGGAAUCCUGAAGAAAUUCCCAUGGAACUUCUAGAGAGAUUCUCGAGGGACUACUGGAGAAAUCUUAAAAAGCUUGGAAAAAUCUUCGGACAAGUCUGCGGGAAAUUCAGGAUGAAACUCUGUUUAAAAUUCAAACAAAGUUUUGGGCAGAAUUUCCGAAAAAAAACCUGGGUAAUGUUCUAGAAACAAUCUCUAUUUUUGGGGAGUUUUGAAAAAUUUGAGGAAUUUUGUUAAUGAAAGUUUUAUUUUCUAUAAACAAUUGCUGAUGAAAAAUUAAUUCAAUAGUUCAGCAUAUUUCCUAAAAUUUCCAUGAAUUUCCAUGGAAUUCCAUUAUAUGUACAGCUUCCAAUUGGAAUCGCUCACGCAGUGCCCUAGUGGACAAUAGAACUGUAAAUUAGGUUAAGUGAUUGAAGAUGAAGAAUAAAAAACUCUCUUGUGAUUUUAUAAAAAAAACCCUCUAAGAUAUCUGCCAAUAAUCCCUACAGGAAUUUCGCUAAAAAUUCCUGCAGGGAUUUUUCAAGAAAUUCCUUUAGAAAUUCAUUUAAAAAAUCCUCCAGAAAAUCCUUUAUGAAUGCUUCCUAGAUUCUUCAGGAAACCUCCAGAAAUUCCUCAAGAAAAUACUCCAGGGGCAACUCCAGGGAUUCCACCGAGAAUUCUUUCAAGGAUUUUUUUUCAGAAAUUCUUUCAAGAAGUUUAACAUGAACUCUAAUAAGAAUCUCUCCAAGAACUGCUCCAAUAUUCAUGUCAAAAUUCCUCCAAGAAUCUUGGAAUAUGGCCAGGAGUUCCUUUAUAAAUUUCUCUAGGAAAAUCUCCAGGGUUUUUCAAUACAGGUGCUCUUCGAUAUAACGUACAAAAACGUUUUCUCUUUGUACGUUAUAUCGAAGUGUACGUUAUAUCGAAGCAGAGAAAAAUGUAUUAUUUUUUAUGCUAGUAUUGAUGUAUUCGACGUGAAAUUAAUCCCAAAUAAUGAUUUCGGUGAAAUUUACAAAACCAAUAAUGAAAAACUUGAGUUUUGACCAAAAAGUCAUUUCGUUUUUUGUGCUUCGAUAUAACGUACAUUUUGCUUCGAUAUAACGUACACUAAAUUUUUCCCCAAAUUGCGAUAAUACUGGGUAACAAGGCUAAUGCUGCAACAAAACAUUGAUUUGAGUGAUUUCGUAGUUUAUCUAAGGGUUAUUCGUGGGAAAAAUAAAAAUGUUCAAUGUUGUACGUUAUAUCGAAGCAAAAUGUACGUUAUAUCGAAUUCGCUAUAUCGAGGGUACGCUAUAUCGAGGGUACGUUAUAUCGAAGAAUAUCUGUAAAUACCUUCAGAAAUUCCUCCAGAAAUGCCUACUGGAAUAUCCUCGGGAAUCCCUCCAAGAAUUCCUUUAGGUAAUCCUCCAAGAAUCUCUCUAGGAAUUUCUCCAUGAAUUCCUCCAAGAAUUCCUACAAGGAUACUUCCAAGAAUUUCUUCAAGAAUUUCUUGAAGAAAUUUCUGAAGAAAACCCUGGAGGAAUUCCUGGAGUAGUUUCUGCAAGAAUUCAUGUAGUAAUUCAUGAAGAAAUUUUUAAAGAAUUUCCCAGGGAAAUUCUUAGAGGAAAUCCUUAAGGAUUUCCUUGAACUGCGAGGAAAUUUAGAAUUUUUUUUUUUUUUGAAUUUUCAUUUUGUGCAGGAGUGUCUGAAGGAUUUCAUGAAUUAUUUCCUGUAAGAAUUCAUGGAGUAAUUCCGAAUUCACGUGAGGUAUUUCCCGCAAGAAUUGGAAUUGAAGGAAUUUUUGGAGAAAUUCCUGUAGUAGAGAAUUCCUACAGCAAUUCCUGUUGAAAUGCCUGCAGUUAUUCCUGGAGUUUUUGGAGGAGUUUUAAGGGAAUGCCUGGAGAAAUCUUUAGAGGACUCCCGUGGAAACCUCGGGGAAUUUCUGGAGGAAUUCCCGAGGAACUCCUGCAGGAAUUUUCGAAAAGUUCUUAAGGUAAUUCCUGAGAAACUCCUGAAGGAAUUCCAGCAUGGCUCCUGAAUAAACUUCCGAGAAACUGCUGGGAAACUCCUGAAGAAUUUAACGGGAAGUCCUGAGGCAUUCCCUAGGAACUCGUAAAAGUUCUCGGAGAACAUCACGAUGAAUUUCUGAGCAACGCCUAGAGGAAUGCUUGGGUAAUUUCCGACACUUUCAAAUACCAUAAAGAUCAUUUGUAUGUCAGUGGAUGCACAAGCAACACAAAGAAAUACUCAAAACAUUACGAGAUACAACAGAGGUAAUCGUGGAAGAAUAAAGUAAAGAGAUACAAGAGUGUAAAGCUUGAAGGUCUUAAUUCCAGAAUAGUUUGGAUGACCUAGAUCACCAAGUGAAUGUUGCUUAGUUAUCAGAAUUGCACCCUGAGGUUCUAAGAGUAGCGUAGAUUAUAUUCCGCGAACAUUCGCUACAAUAAAAAUAUCCUGAGAUAUUGCGACCCAUACUUCAAAAUACAUAGGGUCCAUUUGUAUGCCAGUGGACACUCAAAUAACAACAAAUACAGAUACUCGUAAUAUAAUGAGGUGCAACAGACACAAUCGUAAAACACUUAUGCCGAUAGAGUGAAGAAAAACAAGAGUAGAGCCUGUAGACCUUGAAGUUGCUAAUUCCAGAAUAGUUUGGAAAGCCUUGAAUAUCCCAUGAAUGUACCAAAAGCAUUAUAGAUGUGCACUGAGGUUCCAUCAGCACUAUAGACUACAUUCCACGAAAAAAUUUCACAACUAAAGCAUGAGACAGUUAGAUAUCGUAAGCCAAACUUCAAAGUGUAUUGGAGGCCAUUUGUAUUUCACGGAAUGUCCAACUACCACAAUAUCAUUGUGGUUGCUCAUAGCAUUGUGAGGUGUAAUGGAAGGGUGCAAAGGGGGGAAGUACCAUGCAUUUCAUAACACAACUAUUCCCCUUGACUAUAAAAAAUAAUCCAGGGUAAAAUGUUUUAAAACAAAGAAGAUAUUGCAUUUCUACCGGAAGUAGAUCGUCCUGGGUGUUUACGGGUUAAGCAAGGUUUAAAAAGUUCAAAAUGUUAUCUACAAAAAUUGAAAAGCAUUUCAUCUUAUAUUGUUCUAAGAUUUGAAAUAAUGGUUUCGAUUAACAACAUAAAUAAAUAUUAUUUUUCAGCUUUCAAAAGUCUUCAAAGGUCUUCACAAAAAUAAAUGUCUUCACAGAGCUUCAAAUGUCUUCAAUUUGAAGACAUGUCUUCACAUCUGGCAUCCCUGCUUACAACUGUAAACGCCUGUUGUUAGUCUCUACACGGAGAAAAAAAAGUACCCAAAUGUUGCCACAUUGUUUUCUUGUGUAAGUGUAGCUGAUUGCCAAUACUGGUCAACAACUAAAGGCGGUCAAUAAAGCGUAAGCUCAGAAAUAAAUGUAAUUUUUAUUUCAAUACAAGAUAUGCAAUACAUUCGUACAUACUCUGUUCGGGUGUACCGGCAACACGGAGUGUGAAACGGGCAACGACACCGACCGACAUCGCAGGUUCUCGCGCGUAUGUUUACGCAAUUAGCAUUAUUCCAAGAUCAAAACUGUGAGUGGUUUCCAGAUUAGAUGGCCACUUUGCAUGAUUGCUUUUGCAGUAGGUAUCCGUCCACCACUCACUCAGUAAGGUCCAAAUGCUCGAGGCUCGACCACACGAUGUCACUUUUCCCUCUGGCUUCGCGGUUUAUCAUACACCGCGAAUCGGUAAUCCAUUGUAAAACACGCAUUUGUGAUGAAAGUCCUUGACCGCCACCGGACAGUGCAAACACGCGGAAUUGUUAGAAGUCCAUUCGCUUCGGUCAGUUAUUGUUUUGUUGAUAGACGGCACAUGAAUAAAACAAUGCAAAAAAUGAAUUGAAUUGCAAACACGUUCCCAGCAAUAACAGCAAAAGCGAUGAGGCGAGUCGAAAAUCGCAAAAGAGAACGAUCGCACAUCGAAACGGUUGGUGCGACGUUGGUUGCCUACCAAACGGGCGUUUAUCAUCAAGAAGCCCGUUUGAAGAAAUCGAAGUAAGCUUAUGUUUGCCUCUUAUUCUCGUCUUCACGGCGAAGACGGAGAGAAGCCGGCUUGUUUGUUUACAAUUCGAGAAAAGUAGGGCGAUCUAAUUAUACACUUUUUCCUGGAUGCCGCCACGACUAGGUGACCUUUGUGAUUUUGAGUGAUGUUCUCAGACGUGUUCGAAAUAAAUAACACGAUUUGACAUUUUUCUAUCCAGUUUUCGAUCAUACUGAUCUACAUUCAAACAAACUAAUCGAAACAGACCAACACAAUUCAAACAGCACAGCCAAUUUGCACCUUGUUUACACUUAUCACCCCUCCCACCUUUCCAGUCUGUUGUCUCGACGCUUGUUCAAACACAAACGCGAAACACAACGGUAAAUUUACUCAGUCAGUCAGUCAAGUUGGGGGAGUUUUACUCGCCGUCACAGCAGCACCGCAGUUAAGUUAGGUUACUGAGACCGACGGCAGCAAUGGAAUUCAUUAUCGCAUGCGUCAUCGCGCGCGCGAGCGCGAGCUUGGCGCACCGCACCACCAAUCAUGCAAACUACAUACAAUAACUGCGCCUACAAAAACUAAGCAGGAAAAGCAUGCUUUGCUGCUGAUCGAGGAGUAGCCUACCUAGACUUGCUUCGGGAGAAAGUCAACGCGAUAGUUUUUUCGCGUUCGCGGAAGAUGAUUUUGGCCUACUUUGGUAGGGUAAGGUAGGCAAAUUUGCAUUCAUCUUACAUGCUGCUUCGAAGGAACAUGGCUGGCUGGCUAACCUUGAUCGUCUAUGAGGUAAGUAUUCUGUGAUCGGUCGGGGAAACGCGAGGCGCAAAAUGCCAACAGAAGCGUGCUAAUUGGAUCGCUUUGAGAUGGUAAGCGGCACGAGUCACGGCACUGUUUAGAGGCCCAUAAUUGCGUCUUCUCUUCUUCACUUAGGGAAGAAUGAUUCACGACUUAUACUGAACAAGAGCGAAUAGUUUGUAGUUUGCUAUGCUUAGUUUUGCAAUACUAUGUUCCAGCGCGUGUAGGAGUUUCGUUGACACGAAUAUAAACGCGGCUUUAAUGGACGUGUCCAUCAUCUCCGGAUGAACUACAUCAGAACGGAGAGGCAAUCUGCACGACUUGUCGCGUCGGUGCGAUUGUAUCUUUCGACAGAGGUCGUCGAGCAACUGAAAGUCAAUUUAAUGAUGACUUUUGUAUAAGAUAGCUCAUAACUAGUUGACGUGCUUUCUCCACAUAGAGUACCCCAAUAAGAUUCUUGUUAUCGUGAAUCUAUGGAAGAUGUUGUAUCAAGUUCUACUUGGGAUCAUUCACUAAGAAUUGUCAAUUUUUCGACUAAUAAAAUUAGGAAUUUCAAAGCAUCGGACACUUAAAUCCAGAUUUGUAUUUUUCUUAUCCUUGAAGAAUAUGUUUGGGUUUUCCAGGCCAAGACUUGGGGGCACGAAUGCAAAGAUAACACAAGUUUACAAAAUAAAACGAAAGUCGUGAACUUCUGUCAACGACCAAAGUUUUUGAAGCACAAUUUAGUGCUGAUUUCGAAACCGACCUUCAAAAAAUUUUAAGUAGAACAGUUUUUGAGUUUUAGCUCAAUAUCGAGUUUUGCAACUUUUCAAAAUAUGUAAUUUACUAAAAUUCAAAUAUAUUGCGUUUUGUUAAACCAAUUUUAAAUCUUUUUCCAUAAAUUAAAAGCUGAAUACAAUACCAUUCGAACAUCUGAAUACAGGUUUUGCAUCAGAUUGAUGAAAUUCAAGAUAUUGGCGAGUUUUAGGGAUGAUCUUCUUAAAUUUUGGCAAAAUUUCCAAAAUUUUUCGAGGAAAUGUAUUUUUUUCAAUAAGAAAAAACCAACUUAAAAAUUCUUUCUCGACGUUUAUUUGACAUAUCAUAUAUAGGCGAGUUACAGUAAAAAUUUCAGCUCAAUCGGACCAUUGAUUACGGAGAAUGAGAUAUUUGAAGUGAGCGACUUUGCUUAAAAAUAGAACAAAAAUCGAUUUCAAAUCAUCAACCUUGUAUGGAAAGUCGAAAAAAAUUCCGCUCUACUGUAAUUUUUUUCCUUCGCGUUUUCGAACUCAGGGCAUGAUUCUACACCAAAAACGAUCAUCAGCUUACCGAGUUCAAAAAUGCUGUAAACUAGUGUAAGUGGAAGCGCCAUUCAUAAAGUAUAAUAAUAAUAACAAUAAAAAGCCAAAUCAUAAAACUACAAUACAACUUCCUUAUUAAUAACUUGUAAACUUUUUAAACAGGAAUGAAGAAAGGCCGGGCAUUCGUUAGUUGAGUGUAUACGACUAUGAUCGGUCAAUAUUAUAGCAACGGAACAACCGCAUCCAAACUGUACUUCGAUAAUCAUCAUACUAUCUCAGCACCCUCUAUGUACCAAGUUUUGAGCAGCAUAAAAGUGAAAGGCAGCUCCAAAAGAAAAUAAUAAUGAAACCUCUUCGGUACCGUUGGGGAUAAGAACCUUUACCUACUCUGGCAUGGAAAAGAAAAUGCAACAAGCGAGCAACAACUUUUGAAGUAUGUUUGAGAGCAACAGCGCUGCCCAUGUUAUAGUUACAUAGUUUACGUCGGCGGGAAAUAUGACUGAAAUUAACUAAAAAAAAUCACCGGACAAUCUGUGAAAUCAUACAAAACAGACAUCUCGCGACAUUGACGUAUCUGUAAUGAUCAAUUAAAAGAUGCUAGUCAUAGUCGUCAUUCACCAUAAUGCAUCGAGCGUUCAUUCGAGCACUGAUCAGAUUGUCCGGAAUGAACUGAAAAGAAAUUCGGUGUCCGGCCGUUUGGCCGAAUGCCAUCUGGUCGAAAGGGUCGUUUGGCCGAAUGCCGUUUGUCCGAAUCAUAAUCAAAAGAAUUUAAGGAAGUUUUUGACAUUCUAACUGCCAAUAUGAUCAUCAGAAGUAUUUCCUUCUGCUAAUCAUAGGCUUUUCUUUCUAGUUUUAAUAUUCAUGGAUUAAUUGGCGUUGAAACUGCCGAUAUUUUAUCAAUGAUUUUUCCUUCUUUGAAUCAUAGGCUGUUCUUUUGAGAUAUACUGAGACGGGAAACAAUGUCAUGGUCACUUAAGUUCAUCAUUCUUUUCUCGGCCAAAUGGCACUCGGCCAAGUGGCAUUCGGCCAAACGACCCUUUCGGCCAAAUGGCGUUCGGCCAAACGGCAUUUGGCCGAAUGGCGUUCGGCCAAAUGACCCGGAACCAAGAAAUUCGAUGAAGAGAAAUUCAUUGCACAUACGCCGGUAUAUUAUUAAGCGCGAGAGAUACUCCCAAAAAAGUUCGAGCUUUGAAUUGAACUUACGAACGUAGAC